GCGUCCAUAAAAGGCAGUCAUCGCAGCCCAAUUUUAGUGGGUGCGUUGUCGGCCUAUGAGGGAAGAGUACACUCUAACUUUGAAUAGUUGGAAGUCUAUGUGGGUCAUUCUAUACUUUGAACAGAUGGUGGAAAAGGAUCAGAUUAUGGAGAACCAUUACGGAUAUCGUAAGGACUUCCGGACUGCGCUUCCGCAAUUACUUGCUGUCAGUGUCAAGAACUUGCUACUACUAGGUUAUGGAAUGACUCUGGGUUUCCCCACCAUCCUAAUUCCAGCCGUGCAGAACCCUGUUGAGGGGGAGGUACUGCGGCUGCACAGCUCCGAAGUUUCUUGGAUAAGUUCAAUAAAUUUAAUAGUAGUGCCAUUGGGGUGCGCUCUCUCUGGCGUAGUAACAGCACCCCUUGGAAGACGACGGGCUAUGCAGAUGGUUAACAUCCCAUUCUUCAUAGCCUGGUUGAUCUUCUAUUUCUCGAAGAACACUUCGCAUCUUUACAUGGCUCUCAUUCUAACUGGUCUGGCGGGAGGACUUCUCGAAGCACCGGUGCUAACAUAUGUAGCAGAGAUUACUCAGCCACACUUGCGUGGAGCUCUUACAGCUACCAGUUCUAUGUGCAUCAUCAUAGGUGUCUUUACACAGUUUCUCUUUGGUUUAUUUCUCUAUUGGCGGCAUGUGGCAUUACUAAAUAUAAUAUUCACGGUCCUUGCUGUAAUAGCACUUUGCUUCGUCCCAGAAUCUCCACACUGGCUUGUCUCACGAGGAAGAUAUAAUGAUGCCAGAAAGAGCUUACAAUGGCUUCGGGGAUGGACAACCACACAGAGAGUGGAUGCUGAAUUGCGUGAUAUAGAAGCACUUUAUAAUAAAAAACAAGAAGCAGAAGGUGAAGCGGAGACAGUAUAUGAGAGAUUAUUGCACUAUACUGAGAGAAGUUUCUUAAUUCCUUUCUUUCUCGUUAGUUAUGCCUUUUUCGUUGGACACUUCAGUGGAAUGACGACUUUACAGACAUAUGCAGUAUCAAUUUUCCAAAUGCUGGAGGCUCCGAUAGACAAGUACUAUGCCACUUUAAUUCUUGGAGUGCUGCAAAUUGUUGGAUCCGGAGGUUGUGUUCUGAUGGUCCACUAUACAGGGAAAAGACCACUCACAUUCUUCUCGACAGCUGGAGCCGCAGUCUGCUGUCUGCUGGUUGCUGGGUAUGAUGCCUAUAUACAAAAGAAUAUAUUACCGCGCGCGGACAAUUCUUCACUGGGAACCGAAGUAACCAUGAAUAACCCAAAUUCGUGGAUUCCAACAACACUUUUAAUGUUAUUGGCUUUGAUUACCCAUACGGGAAUUCGGCUGUUACCCUGGUUACUUAUUGGAGAGGUUUUCGGUGCCCAAACUCGAUCCGGAGGCGCAGGGUUGACGAGUGCCGUCGGCUACAUCUUCGGCUUCCUGACAAAUAAACUGUACAUCGGGAUGGUCGAUUCUUUGUCCAUUUGGGGCACAUAUGGAUUCUAUGGAAUUAUCAGCCUAACGGGAUGUUUCGUAUUUUAUUUCAUUUUACCGGAGACCGAGGGGAAAAAAUUGAAUGAUAUAGAAAAACACUUUGCAGGUGUCAAAAGGCUUACAAAUACAGUGUACCGUUCGUUGAAAAGAAAUGAUAUAUCGAAGCUUCAAGAUCUAAAAGGUGCAACGAAUCCAUCGUUCGAGGCGGACACAACCUAUAUUUAGAUAAACCUGACAUUUCGUGUUUUUGUACAAUUGCCAUAAUUUUAAAUUUAAAAACUUUUCAUGAUUGUAUUUUGAGCUAGUUCUUAGAUUAAAGUCUCACGAUGAGAUCAUGAUCGCAACUAUUUUUGACAUGUCUAUGUAAAAUAUAUAAAAAACAUUUUUCCUAUAAACACACAAAACGAUGCGCAUAUUUGUGCUUUAUUAAAUAAUUGUAAGUCGGUAACGAACAAAAAUAUGUUUCAUAAUAUAAAAGUAAUGGUUAUUAGAAACACAAUUUUUUCCCUUCUCAAAAAUUAGUUUUAUAUUAGUACAACGGACUGUUUAAAAAAGCGACACGUUAACAAUCUAAACUAUUCAAAGUAAUAAAAAAAAUAUUUUCUCUUGACAGACAGAGAAUUUUUUUUUCGCACAAUUUGGAUUAUUAAAGUACAAAUGAGUUUGAACAUUAAGGUUAAGGAACGCUUGCCGCGACCGGAAUUUUGAUGGGUAAUUAAAUGUACUGUAAUCAUUUUCACCAAAAGAUGAAAAUGCUCUUAUUUGUCUAAAUAUGCAUUUAUAGUUUGGUGAAAUGUAGUGAACGCAAACUGUGAUACUUUUGUUAUCGAUAAAAUGAAUUUAUGGAAAAACAUUCGAAGAAAAUCAUUACGACUGGUAGUUUGAAUAUAGAAACCGGGCAUUUAUUUAGAUUACGGUAAAUAUAUUCUUUGUUUAGUUGACCAACCGUUUUCCAUGAGAUACAUUAUAAAAUAUUUGAAAUAAAUUUGAAAGCAAUUAAAAUUAUUAUUAUUUAUGUAACAGAAUAUAAAUAUCUAAUUGAAAAUAUAUAUUUUAGUGCCUGGAAUAGAAUUGUUUUCAAUUUAAAUGACAUAACGAAAAGGCUGGCCAGGCUGAGCUUCUUAUAAAAAUGUUAUUGUGCCAAUGUUAUUAAUAAAAAGAUAUAGUUUGGAUA